AUGCAGUUCCCUCCGCGCACCAGAGAGUGGAUUUCCGGAUCGCGCAAUGCAUGCGUGGAAGUGCAUCCCCGGAAGUAUGGAGGCCGACAGGAAGAGAACGAAAAAAGAGAAGGCGCUGUCCCGCUCUUGCUACGGUGGCCUGGAGGAGUGGCGAAACAGGAACAAGAGAAUUUAUCACUUCUGGGACUCACAGUCGUGAUGUCUUUCAAGAGGGAAGGAGACGAUUGGAGUCAACUCAAUGUGCUCAAAAAAAGAAGAGUCGGGGACCUCCUAGCCAGUUACAUUCCAGAGGAUGAGGCGCUGAUGCUUCGGGAUGGACGCUUUGCUUGUGCCAUCUGCCCCCAUCGACCGGUACUGGACACCCUGGCCAUGCUGACUGCCCACCGUGCAGGCAAGAAACAUCUGUCCAGCUUGCAGCUUUUCUAUGGCAAGAAGCAGCCGGGAAAGGAAAGAAAGCAGAAUCCAAGACAUCAGAAUGAAUUGAGGAGGGAAGAAACCAAAGCUGAGGCUCCUCUGCUAACUCAGACACGACUUAUCACCCAGAGUGCUCUGCACAGAGCUCCCCACUAUAACAGUUGCUGCCGCCGGAAGUACAGACCAGAAGCCCCUGGUCCCUCUGUCUCCCUUUCCCCUAUGCCACCUUCAGAGGUCGAACUCCAGAGUGGGAAGAUCAGUAGGGAACCUGAACCUGGGGCUGGCCCACAGGCCGAGGAGUCAGCAACUGUCUCAGCACCUGCACCCAUGAGCCCCACAAGAAGACGAGCCCUGGACCAUUAUCUCACCCUUCGAAGCUCUGGAUGGAUCCCAGAUGGACGAGGUCAAUGGGUAAAAGAUGAAAAUGUUGAGUUUGACUCUGAUGAGGAGGAACCACCUGAUCUCCCCUUGGACUGAUACCCUUUUCCCAUUCAUUCACAAAUAAACUGCAAUGGGUGCUGAGAACUUAA